AACACGAAAAAGUGGCGAUCUCCAUGUAAACAACGAUCAACAAUCAACACAUCUAAAUUCCAGUCUACAUCAAUGCCCACCUAGAAAUUUAAAUUCACAUGAAGGAAAUGGCCAAGCAAGGAUAAAAUUAUUUUAAAAAAUAGAAUCUACUUUGAUGAUUAACACCUCACUCCAAUAGUCACGGCGUCAUUCUGAUGAGGAUGUGUGAUCAUAAUUUUCACGGGCAGCCAGACAGAUGAGACGACGUAGUCCCACGUAUUGAUUGUAGGUGCUUUACCCAAGAAUGGAAAGAUUAGGCCACAAAUAUGCCAGCACCACAAGAAACAAUGGCACAAGCUAUCUUUCUAGGAAAUCUAAAUAACGAUUUACCUAAGCGUCGCAUCGCAUCUUUGAUUGUGCAACUUGCUCGCCAGUGUACAGGACUAAACUUGGACACCAGAAAUGUCAAGGUACGGUUUUCCCAUCCUAGCGAUUGCUGCACAGCUACUCUCCAACUCCCAACUCCCGCUGAACAACAGAAAGCCCUUGCAUAUCUAGCUCAGUGCCAGCAAGUGCCGGAUGGACUCAUCAAACUCGGUAGAACUCUAAAGGUUGAUGUCUUUCAAAAGCAUCCUCAUCGGAGGAAUGGCGCUAAGGUUUCUAUCGAGGAUGAAGGACCCAACUACCAAGGCAACCAUGAACUAGUGUUUGAGAAAGGACAACAUCUUGGGGCAGAGACAAGGAUUCUUGAGUUUAAGGAAAUGUCCAAUCUCAACUUACAAUACCUGAAGCAGAAAGUCACCAGAUAUGUCUGCGCUUUCCUCAACAGCUCCGGCGGGGCCCUAAUGUUUGGAGUUGACGAUAGCGGUAAUGUUCAAGGCACUCCAAUGUCACAUAAGCAGGAGGACGACGUCAGAAUCGCAAUCGAUCAAAUUAUCAAGAAAUUUGAUCCGCCUGUCUUGCCCCAGAUGUACAGCAUUUCCUUCAUCUCAGUUUAUAAUCAGACCCAUGGAACAAGCAACAGAACCCAAGGUGAUGACACUUUCUUGAAGGUCAUCAAACUCGAUAUAGAUCCUGGAAGACCCAACACGCUAUAUGCAACACCAGGAGGAGAUGUGUUCAUCCGUCGAGACGGGAGUGUCCAAGGCCCUCUCAAGCCAAGAGAAAUACAGGAAUGGUGCAAUAUGAACUUUGACAACAAGGAGAGAGCCUACCAAGAUGAGAUCUCUCAGCUUCAGCAUCAGCUAAGACAGACCGAGUAUGAUCGUCAGAGCGAACCUGUUUCCUCUCUCAAGAAAACCAAGUCUGCUGUAUGCAGUAUACUAUGACAAAUGGUUCUACUUAAAAUAUGUUUACUCAUUACCUGCGCAAUACCUUGUUUUAAUUGGCCAUUUCCUAACAAUUGCCCCCUAAAUCAGAAUAACAUCGUUAUUUUUUUAAACUAGGAAAGUCCUUUGUUUUUCUAUGAUAUGUAUAUUUUGUAAAUAGUAAACAGUUUUUAAGGCCUUUUUUGGUUUUUCACAUUGUUGUACAAACUAAAUUAAAAUAAAAUAAAAAGAGAAAUAUGCAUUCACUGGUUUUGUUAAGUAGCAGAAUGUGUUUGUGAUAUGAUCAAUACUCUGAAAAACAGGACAUAUAUGUGUUGUAUAUAUAGACACACAUGAUUUGUCAGCAAUAUCCAAUCUAAACAUUGCAAAAUUGUGCUAUCAACAGGGUUUUAUUAUUAAGUGUUGAAAGAUUUUUGAAUAAUGAAUUUUUAAUUGAUUAUUUUGAUACAAAUGCCUCAAUGCAAAAUAUGGAAAAACAACUUACAAGUGUCUAUCUAAACUAUGGCAGGCUAUGAGAGAAUUUUAUUAUACAACAUUCAUUGAUGUUGAAAAAUAAUUAUAAAUCUACCUGGAAUUUGAUAAAUAUGAUCUUAAAAAGAAUACAAAUAUUGAUACCAUAUACCCAGUAUGUGUGAAUGAUAAUACUUUUUCUAAUAUUGUAGACAUCACAAAUGCCUUUAAUAUUUUUUUUGUGAGUGUCAGUGGAAAAUUACGGCUGCAAACAACCAGGUGCUUCUAAUAACUCUCUUUAUUCUUACUUAAACGUCCUAAUAAUCAUUUUUAAACCUAUCACUGUUUCUGAAAUACUGUACUGAAAAUAUAGUUAAUGACUAUGAACAUAGACAUGAAAAAUGAAACGAGUGCAGGAGUUGACUCAAUUAAUACCAAAGUUAUUAAACGUGAUAUUUUUACCAUUAUGUACUAUAUUAAAACAAAGUCUUUCAAGCUGAAGAGUGCCAAAUGAUAUGACAGUUGCAAGAAUAACUUCAAUUCAUAUGAAAGGAAGAACUGAUGGUCAAUGUAAAUAACUAUUGACCAAAAUCUGUUUUAAAUAUUUUUUGAAAAUUUUAGAAAGAUGCAUUUAUAGAUGAUUAUUAGAUUCUAUAAUAAACAUGAUAUAUUGUAUAGAAACCAGUUUGGAUUUGGACAGAGGGGCACUCCACAUCUACAGCAAUUUUAGAAUUAAUACAUAAUAAUAAAUUGAGCAAUUGACAGGGGUGAAUUUACCUUAGCAGUUUUUAUUGAUCUGUCAAAGGCUUUUGAUGUAAUAGAUCACUCGAUACUAUUACAAAAAUUAAAUUACCGUAUGGGGUAUUAGAGGUAUACCGUUUAAGUGGUUUGGCAGCCAUCUAGAUUCCAGAAAACAAUUUACUGUAAUUAAUAAUAUAAAUUUGAAUAUAAAACAGUUAGAUAUGGAGUGCCCCAGGGAUUAUUUCAGGACCACUUUUAUUUCUUAUUCUUAUAAAUGACAUCAUAUUUUGUACUCGAUUAAUUUUAUUCUAUUUGCAGAUGAUCGAUACAAGUAUUUUUUCAUCAGGUAAAAAUGUAUAUUUCACCGUACUAAUUGGUACACAGUACUACACACGCAAUUAAAAAAUAUAAGUCAAUGGAUGGACCCUAAUAAUUAAGUUGAUGUUGAAUACUGGAAAAACAAAUUGCAUGAUUUUUGGAGCUCGCCACAUUAGUAAUAUGGAUUUGAAAUUACAUUAUAAGAAUGAAGAAAAAUAAUAAAGGUUCAAAAUAUUAAAUUUUGGGGCUUCUACUUAGAUGAUAAACUAUCAUGGAACUACCAUAUAAAUGAUCUCUGUACCAAACUUCCAAAGAAUAUUGGUGUACUCUAUAGGUUACAGUUUUUACCGCACAAAAUAUUAAAACCAUUGUACUACCCCCUUGAAUUUUCACACUUGAAUUAUACUGUAAUAUGAUUUGGGGAUUCACAUCAAAGACCAAUCUUAAUAGAAUACAUAAGUUACAAAACAAAUAAUCUGUAUAAUAACUCUUUCAAAUUUACUUUGUCAUAUAGUGAUCAUCUUUUUAAACAAAUGCACAUCUUGCCAAUCAAUGACAUAAUAUCAUUAAAUGUUGCCACUUUUAUGUUCAUGGUAUGGUAUGGUUCAAAGCUAUACCUUUACCAGAUUCAUUUAGGGAAUGUUUUACAAUGAAUUGUCAAAUCCAGGAGUAUAGUUCUAGACAUGCUCUUGAUUUUUAAAUCCUUUACACUGUACUUCAACCUCUAUAAAGAUUCCAUAUUUUUCCAUGGCCCAUUUA